AUGGCACCCACUUCCCCCCCACCCUGGGAAACACAUGCACUGAGCCCAGCCCUGCUCCCGCAGAUCGAUGAUGUCAUCGAUGAGAUCAUCAGCCUGGAGUCCAGCUACAAUGACGAGAUGCUGAACUACAUGUCCGUGGACGGGGGGCUGCAGCUGCCCAGCACGCUGCCGGUGGCGGGGAACCUGCUGGAGAUUUAUAGCAGCCCGGCGCUCCCGGACUCAACCGUCCCCGUCAGCAACUCCUGUCCCGCCGACCUGCCCAACAUCAAGACAGAGUUGUCAGAGAAUGAAGCCAAGGCGCUGAUGAAGGAGAGGCAGAAGAAAGACAAUCACAAUCUGAUUGAAAGACGGAGACGAUUCAACAUCAACGACCGAAUCAAAGAGCUGGGGACUCUCAUUCCCAAAUCCAACGACCCGUAAGUGGGGGAGGGCACAGUCCCCCGAUGCGUGGAUUACAUCCGCAAGCUGCAGAAGGAGCAGCAGCGCUCCAAGGAGAUGGAGCUGAGACAGCGCAAGCUGGAGCAAGCCAACCGCAGCCUGCAGCUCCGAGUGCAGGAACUGGAGAUGCAAGCCCAGCUACACGGCCUGCCGCUCACCUCGCCGGCAGCGCUGCUGCCCCUGGGGGGUGCCGGGGAGGGCGCCAAGCCAGAGGGCCCUGGCCCCCCUCCCUUCCUGGCGGGCCCCUCCUGCGUCCCGGAUCCCACUGCCUCCACUGCCUGCCUCCUGGACCUUGCCUUCCCCUCAGAGGAGCUGGGCGAGGCCGGGCUGGGCUUCCCCCUGGGGCUGGGGGCUGACAGGGGCCUGGAGGACAUUCUCAUGGAGGACGGGGGGCCCCUGUCGCCCCUGGGGGCCUCGGACCCCCUGCUCUCAUCCCUCUCUCCUGGCGCCUCCAAGGGCUCCAGCCGCCGCAGCAGCUUCAGCAUGGAGGAGGAUUCCUGAUCCUGGCCCCGCCCCUCUGGGGUGGGAGGAGUCAGGGGAGCCAUGCCCAUCAGGCUCCACCCCUGGCAAUCUCCAGGCUCCACCCCCUCUUUUAUAGGCACAGCAAGCUCCUCCCUUUCUCUCCAGCUCCAUCCCAGGAGUGGCGCCCUUCGGCCACCCGUUGUGCAGGCUCCACCCCAUCUGGCUGUAGGCAGCCCCAGAGUUUCAAAAGCUCCACCCCCUCUUGAAGCUCCUCCUCAGUGUGUAAGCUCCUCCCCUUUCCCCUGGAGGGGCGGCUUCAGUUUCAGACUGUGCCCCUUUUACCCUCUGUCUCUGUCCUGUUGAAUAAGCCCCGCCCCUUUCUCUACUGCUCCACCCCCUUCCUCCAGUUAAGCUCCUCCCCUUGUUUGUUGCCACUCUUCUAGUCCCUCCUCCAACUGAGGAUGGGGAGGAGCUCUCUCCAGACCACACCCCUUAUUUGUAGUUGCCCCCUUCAGCCAUGACCUUUCUCUACUUCCUCCCCCUCUCCCCAUAACUACCCAUCACGUCCCCCUGCAGAACUUAAUUGUGGAGCAUCUGGGGAGACCCCCCCCACUGCCUAUUUUGAGAUUGGGGGAACCUUGCAGCCUCUCCCUCACAUGCUGUGUAGGGUGGGUGCUUGUGAUUUGGGGGGGCCAGAUGUGUCCCCCUAGAGAGGGGAUAUUGGGGGAGCCCCCCAAAGGAGCUAUUCCCCACAGCUGUGAAUGUAGGGGUUCAUCCGGGCACACACUGUGAGCAGAGCCAUGCACCCCCCAAAUCAUAGAAGGACAAAAGUGGGGUGCAGCCAUUGGGAGAGGGGAGCCAAUCUGCCCCCACACAAGUCCUUCAGAUCCAUGGAUGUCAGCCUUAUCCCAAGGGAGGUGGGCAUCUGGAUUUGGGGAUGGGGUGCCCCCAUUUUCAGCUUCCUCCAACCCAUUUCUCCCCCUUUUCUGAGGGUGUCCCUCCAAACAUACAAAGAGAGCUGUGUAUGAGAUGUCCUCUGGAUAAAACGUGUACCCCAAAACUGGUACUUCAGAAAAUGGGGUACCGUGGCAGUCAUAAAUUCACCCCCAAAUCUGCUCUAUGGAGGAGUAAAAAACUUUGUCCCUUCAAAAAUGGGGUGUAGGGGAAAAGGAAACAGCUGUAGGCCAAACUUUGCAUCCCUUGGGGAGCAACUAAAAGAAGGGGGUCCCUCACUUUUUGGGUGGGGUUCAGAAUAGCGCCCAUUUGGCUCCCUGAAAUAGCCUGCUAUGUGGGAGUGAGGUGGGGGUAUGACUCAUUGGCUGUGAUCUUCCAUGGGUCCUCCCCAAAAGCACGGCACCCCAAAAAUGCAUGAAUGGGGGGUUCACUGCUGAGUCCUGUCUUUUCCAUUUGGGGAAAACAGUGUUUCGGGGGAGUCUGUAUUUUGAGAGGGAAUCUGGCAGAUGGGAGGAGGGAGAUUUUUUUAAAUGCUUUUAUUUUAUACAAAUCCUAUUUUGUUUUUUUAAAGAAAAAAAUUAUAACCCUUUCCUGGCCCGUACAAAACUGGAGUCCAGGGGGUUCCCAUUUGCUCGUCCACACUCCUUGCCCAAACCCACUUUAGGGGGCGUUGGCUCCCCU